CGCCGUGCGUGUUACGGUGUCAAGUGACAAAGAAGUCAUAAAGUCUGUGUUCACCGACGCCAUGGCCAAGAGCGGUUGGUUCAGGAUGCUGAUAUGGACACAUAGUUCAUGAUAGUUAUAUGUAAAACAUACCCCUAAUGUACCGUACCAGUAUUGGUUCAUUUAAACAAGAAUGACUAUAUCAAUAUUUUUAAUUUGAGGAAUAUGAGUGAAGUAACAAUAGAAUAGAUAAUUAAAAUUGGAACAACAAUAUAUCUAGAUAAAAUGUCAAAUGCAUUACCAAGCAUUGGCCUUGAUGAGCUAUUCAAGGCUGAUGCUUCCAGCUCAUCCACAAUUGAAUCAAAAUCUAGAAGCCAUUUAAUUGGCCUCAUUCUAGCUGGUGUAACAGGGGGUGCAGCCAUUGUGCUGUCUGUUGUUGCUGCUCCUUUUGUGGCUCCUGCAUUGAGGAAGGUUUGCCUCCCAUACGUACCUGCAUCAGCAGCUCAGGUAGAAAAUGUCAUUGCUGCGCUCAGAUUGACGUCGGCACGCUCCGUGGUAGAUCUCGGGAGUGGAGAUGGUAGGCUGGUGUUGGCUGCAUGCAAAGAGCUUGGCGUGAGAGGCACUGGGGUUGAGCUGAACCCUUGGCUGGUCCUGUACUCUCGGUACAGAGCCUGGCGGGAUGGGGUCAGCCAUUGUGCUUCCUUCACUACCACGGACCUGUGGAAGCUUGACCUCAGGCCUUAUGAUUGUGUUCUCAUUUUUGGAGUUCAGCAAAUGAUGUCGCAGCUGGAGCACAAACUGGACGCCGAGCUCGGCAGGGACAGCGCUGUGGUUGCCUGCAGGUUUCCUCUGCCACAGCGCAAGCCAUACCGCACCAUCGGCUCUGGCAUCGACACAGUCUGGCUCUACACCAACGCUUUGCCGCGCCAUGACUUCGCUGACUAUCCCUUCCAUAAGUUCUCAGGUGUCAGCCAGCAUGCUGAUGUCAGGGCUGCUGAUAACUUCUACUAAGAGCUUGCUUAGUAUGGUCAGGGUAUGUAUAUAGACCUGAUGAUCUCAUUGCUGAUGCAAAUUUUGAUGUCAGCGUUGCUGAUAACCUGUAAUAAAGCUCGCUUACUAAGGGGAGGGUAUGUAUAAUAACUGAUGUCAUUGCUGAUGCAAGUUCUCAUGUGUCAGUCAGCAGGCUGAUGUCAGGAGGGCUGCUGAUACUUUCCACUAAAUGUUGGCUUAUUAACGCGAAGCUAUGUAUAGUACAUCGUGAUGUCGUUGCUGACAUGUCCGGCUGAAUCGAAUGCUGGCAUUGCCGUACCUUCUCGUUUAGGAAUUGAACAAGAAUUUAUGUACAUAAUAUUUUCUUAGGUGUUACACUAAAUAUUCUUUUGCUCUUGCAAUUUUUUUCGUGAACUUUAACUUGAAAUCCGGUAGAAAUAUUAUAUUUUUUCGAUUUAAUCAACUUAUUAUCGUCAUUAAAGAGCACAGCUACGCUUGACACUAAUAAUAAUAAAUAUUGAUAAUAUAUAAUACUUUUUGAAGUAAGUCAUAUCGGCACUGCCAAUAAGGAGCUUAGCUCUUCCAAAAUACCUCCGAGAAAGAAGCAUAAAUUGAAUUUAUGAAGUUACGUGAGUUGCGUGUUAGAGUGAGCCAUGUGAGGAAAGCUCCUUCUGACUCAUUAAUUAACAAAUUUUUGUUUAUUCAAAUAAUCGUUUUACCAGCACCUGAAAUAGAGUUAUGUUCUAAGAGAAUUGACCCAAGCUCUGUAUUUGGUAUGAAUUAUCUUUAUUAAGCUAGACUUUGGUUGAUCAAUCAGACGAUUACUUCUUAGGUUGAGUAGGUCACUCGACUGUAAGUUCUAGUUUUACUUGGAACUUGGAAUGGCUAAUAAUCGUGGCAUUCAAUUCCUGUUUUGUACCAUCAUGUAUGAUGAACUCUUAACUUAAGUACGACUGUACAUUUGUUGCAACCUGAUAACCCUACCUGAUUUCUUCUUGACUUUUACUGAUUUGCUUAAUUCGUUUAGCUAAGAACUGAAGAAUUCAGCGUGAUUUCUUUGUAUUUAUAUUACAAAGCAACGGGGACUUUUGACUGCUGGCAUAUGUUAGCUUGGUAAGCGAGCUGAGUAUGUGGGUGGAGCUGAGUGUGUAGGUAGGUAUGUUUUUUUAUGAAUCUCGUUCUAGAAAAAUACAUUGAACAGGACAGUUGUUACACUCGAAAAAAUGAACGCGUCGCAUUGUCGAAAUGGUGACGCACUUUCUUACCCACAGCACGACCAGAGUGCGAACGUAGCACUGAUACGUCUUUGUGCCGGGCUGAACUGGAUCAGGGUUACGCAGACGAAGGCAAAAAGUGCGUCAGUAUUUGGACAAAGUUUUACUCGUUCUUUGAGUGUUUGUUACAAUAGCUAUUGUUAAAUUGCACUUCUCUGACAUUUAAUUGUAUAUUGACGCUUAUGAUAAUUGAAACUAUUGCCCGAUGUAACAAUUUUUAAUUGAUUAAUAAAAAUGAAGUCAAU